GGAAGUUCCCAGAGAGCAGCUCCGGGCAUUGGUCCGCACGCAUCGAGCCUUUUCGCCGCGUUACAUCCCCUGGUGUAUGAUGUGCACCCACCCUUUCUGAACUCCGCCGUCCUCAGUCCAAGGACUGUCCUAAAACUGGUCCACAAUGUCUGAACUUUUUAUGGAGUGUGUAGAGGAGGAGCUGGAACCAUGGCAGAAACAAGUUCCUGAAGUUCAUCUGAUAGAAGAUGAUGAUGAUGAACCUAUCUUUGUUGGAGUGCUCUCGAAUAACCAGAAAGAUGGAAAGCCUACUAACCCUCCACCUCCUCAGAGGAAAAGUGCUGUGAAACAAGAAGUAAAGUGCCCCCCUCCUCAGCCUGCUGUGGCCCCCUCACCAAUAGUUCUACCAUUGAAUAUAACUGGGAAAUCAAAUACUGCACCACCCAAUCUGACAACAGUAACUCCACAGCCUGUUAUUGUCAAUAAUCAGGGCUUUAUUGUCACUUCUCCACAGUUAACCAAUAACAGUGAGUUCAUUGCCUCUCUUGGGGCCCAGUAUCCCCCUGGAACAUCAUUUACAAUUGUUCCAGCUGGUCAGCAGCAGAUUUUCCAGCAGGUCUCUCCAGCAACAGUGAUACCUGGCGCUGUCCACAGGCCGCAGGUGCAGCAAAUUAGCAACAAUGUUGUGACAUUGUCAAAUGUCCAGAGUCCUGCUGUGUACUCAACACAGCCCAGUCAGCUGCAACCAAACCGAUCCACCUCACAACCUCUUCAGACCUUCUCUGUGUCUGCAAAGGACAGCAGCAAUAACAGAGGUAACUCUGAAAAUCAGAGUUUACUGAAACGAGGACUGACACAACAGGAAAUGGACAACACAGCUAAAAAAGCUAAGCUUGACUUGGCACCACAAAAAGUAAUUGUCAGAGUGGAUAAUGGUGUCAUGAAGAGAAAGUGUCCCAAUUGUCAAGAAGAAAUUCUUACAGAGGAGGCCCUAAAAUAUCACAUGACGAGCUGCUGUGCAAAUGGAGGAAGUGCAGCUCCAGCGGCCCUGAACACCAAUGCAAACAAGCGCAUCAUGCUGGUCUCAGAUUUCUACUAUGGCCGAUUCGAGGGAGAUGUGCAAAAGAAGGAGGCACAGAAGACCAACACCACCUUUAAGUGCCAAAGCUGCUUAAAAGUUCUUAAGAAUAAUAUCAGGUUCAUGAACCAUAUGAAACACCACUUGGAGCUGGAAAAGCAGAACAGCGAGAGCUGGGAAAGCCACACAACCUGCCAACACUGCUACCGACAGUACAUGACCCCAUUCCAGCUGCAGUGCCACAUUGAGAGUGCUCACAGUCCAAUUGAAUCCUCAACCAAUUGCAAGAUAUGUGAGCUGGCAUUUGAGUCGGAGCAGGUGCUCCUGGAGCACAUGAAGGGGAACCACAAACCUGGGGAAAUGCCUUAUGUCUGCCAGGUGUGCAAUUACAGGUCCUCCUUCUUCUCGGAUGUGGAGACACAUUUCAGAAGUGUCCAUGAAAACACGAAAGACCUGCUCUGUCCCUUCUGUCUCAAAGUUCUUAGAACUAGUCAUAUAUACAUGCAGCACUACAUGAAACAUCAGAAAAAAGGGAUUCAUCGUUGUGGAAAAUGCAGACUGAAUUUUCUCACCUACAAAGAAAAAGUGGAGCACAGGACUCAUGUCCACAAGACUUUCAGGAAGCCUAAAGCCCUGGAAGGCCUUCCUCCGGGUACAAAGGUGACCAUCAGAGCUUCCCUCACAGGAAAGUCACCUACACUGCCGGUGUCCCCUGACCGACCUGGCUUUGUUAUCAGUACAGAAAGUCCAAGUUUAAAUCAUCAAAUGAAAGCUCCAGUUACUGUAUCCAAGUCUAAAUCAACUGCUUCGGAAGCAGGAAAGGCCAAGACGCCUCAGAACAAGAAGCAAAAUGCUCGCUGCCCCAAGCAUAACCUGGCACUAAGGAAUCUCAGUGCCAGCGGAGGGAGUUACACAUGCAUCGAGUGCAACGCACACGUGAACGACUUUUUCUCUCAUUUCCCGAUGGUUUCCAGUUGUGGUGCAUGCAAAUAUCGGACAAGUUGCAAAGUUUCCAUUGGGAAUCAUAUGAUAAGAUUUCAUAGCACCAUCACCAAGAACAGAUUUUUGAAAAUGGAUCACAAGAAAAAUUCGUUAUCCUCAAAGUUAACGUUGGUUUGUCUCAACUGUGACCUCCUUGUUGAUGCAUCAGGUGGCGACCUGAUGACCAAACAUUUAAGUGAUCGACCAAAUCACGUGUGCAAAGUCAUACAGGAGAAAGCAGAUACGAAAGCCAAAGAUCGAGUGCAGCUCAUCGUGGGGCAGCCCGCAAAAGUCCAAGUGUACGUCUUGACAUCCACACCUGUUCAAAAGCCAAAGGAAAUGGACCUGAAACAAGCUGAAUGUGUCACAUCUGGAUGUGCAGCUGUCUCCACUGUUGACAAACCAGAAUCAGAGUCGACGUUACCAGCAGGUGACCGGGAGAAGGUUUCCACAGGAACAAGUGUCAUCCAGGCUUCCUCUGAAGAAGACUUGAAGCCGUCAGAGCUUCCCGCUUUACCAUCUUCCUGCUCAUCAGAUCUAUGCGAUGAGACCUCAGAGAGCCGAGAUGAGAGAGAUCAGCAUCCCGACUCUGUGACUGUGGAAGAGCGUGCAACUGGGGAACAGCAGUCUCAGUCAGACUGAACCUGUUCAUCAACUAAACUGACUUUCCCGUUAUUCACAAAUGACCUCAUCAGUGUUUCUUACACUUACACACACACACACACACACACACACACACACACACACACACACACACACACACACACACACACACAUAUAUAUAAAUUUUGGGUUUUUUUUUUCUUUGGCUGUUACGUCCCCCUCCAGAUUCCUGACAGUUUACCACUCCAGUUGUAAAAAAAAAAUGUAGAUAUUUUAUCAUAGGUUUUUGUGUACUGCUUUUGUUUAAAAAAAAAAGUAAAAUAUCUUUGUAUUUGUGAAUAAAAGUAGAUCCACUACAGUCUUAACCUGCAAAACUCAUGAAGAAACAACAUGCACAUUGUGACUGACAGACAGCUGCAAUGUAGCCUGAUUUUGUUUUUUUUGUUUUUUUUCUCUCUCUCUCUCCUCCCUCGGUAAAAUCAGGCCAACGCAUAGUGUCUGAUGCCCUUGCAGGAAAUGUCUGCCUAAAGAGGGCAGUGAUUGUCCAAAAUCUGAAUCACUGAUUGAGAUUUCUUGACACAAAUUUGUCAAGACCACCAGAUUUCCUUAAAAAGAAAACAAAAAAACAAUCUCACUCCAUGGCAUAUAAUUCUCAAAUUAUUUAUACCUAAAUUCUGCAUGUAGUCCUCCUACAGGUAUGCUUACUGAAAUGAUGUAAUUACUGAAUGUUUAAGCAGCUUGGGCCCCAUCUAUAGCUGAGAAUAUUUUGUACUGGUGUUCUUUAAAAUGAGGCCUGAAUUGGAUAGGAGCAGUGAAGACAGAUGGGAGAUCAAUGGGGAUCAGGGAGGUGAGAUGCAGUAAAAAUUCAGCCUGAUUUUUAGAUAUUUUAAAUUACAUUUUUGGUUGCUACUAUUGUGUAUGUGCUUUUUUUUCCCUUUAAUUUUUCUUUUUAUUGAUCUAAGCUUCUCCCUUUAUAUAGUCAGUUUGCUGUGCAGCAAGCAUAAAAACAUUAGUUAUGUAGUACAUGUUUACUUUAUGAUCAGUGAUCACCCGCUGGUUUUGAGUAAGUUUAUCAACACUAGGAUGUCUGCUUUAAACAUUAGGAAAACGAUGGGUUGAAAAGGGAUACCAGCUUUGUGAAAUGUUUGCAUUUUAAAGGUGGAAAAUUACCCAGAUAUUUUAGUAAUGAGUGAAAGAUCAACUAGAUUUUAUUGUGUUAACUGUGUUGACAGCUCUAGCUUGCAAAAUAAAUUCUUUUGGCACAGUUACUACACGGCUUUUGAUUUACAUCGAUUUAGUCCUUUGGGACUAUUUUAUACAAUACCCUUCAGUCAACUUGAAAUGUCAGAUCUCUAAAAACCUUUCACUUGUACAUACAGUAGAGCAAGUCUGUAAAUGCAUCUAUGUCUGAUGGCGGUAUGACUAUAACCCAUGGAACCUGUUUAUAAUACAUUCCUAUAAAACUCUUCCCUUUAGGGCAUAUUUUCCUCUGAUCUACAUACUGGGUUUCAAAUCUGGCUUUUCCUGUUCUUCAUUAUGUAAAUAAAUGUUUAAUACAUUCCUGUUUGGAUGUUAUUUUUCUGUCGGUCAGAUUGGAUCCUGGAGGUAUGAUGACAUUGCCAGAGCCUGUCUGGCAUGUCAUGUAAUCCUUAAUUUUAAGUUUGAUAAAUGGCGGUCUGGUUUGAUCUUUUUUUCCUUUGCUCUUGAACAAAGUAGGAAGCUGGUGAUUAGAUUUUUUUAAUUACUUUAGGGGGGAAAAUACUAAAGAGAUGAAAAACAUUUACUGUCAGUUUGGCCAGAUUUGUUACCGUGAGCAGACAUUGGUCCAUAUGUGUACUGAGAAUGUAAAUGUCUACAUGACUGUUGGUCCUUUGCAGUUUGUAUUCUGUUCUGAAUGCUGACCCACAAGGAUAAACUAAUAAAACUGAACAAAAAAUGAUAAAAACUAA